AUGUUCCGUCGUCCAGGCACCGGGCGCUCCAAGGCUUCAGCCGACACGCUCUGCCAAAAAUGCCUGAAAAGAGGCCACUACAGUUACGAGUGCACCACGUCUGCGCAAGAACGGCCAUACAAGUCGCGGCCCUCGAGGACCCAGCAGCUGCUCAACCCAAACCUCCAGCCAAAACUCACCACCCAAGUCCCCACCGAACUGCUACGCAAGAAGGGCGUCGCCGACGAGAUUCUCAAGAAGAAAGAAGAGGAUCGACGACGCUCACGCUCUCCCUCGUCAUCUGCAGACUCAGUGUCCACCAUAUCCACCAACCGCUCGCCCUCUCGCUCACCAUCGCCCCCACCGCGAAAACACAACGCACACCAGUCCAGAGAAGGCUACGCAAAGGCGCGCGGUCAGAAGCGCAGACGACGAUCGGAAUCCAUGGACUCACGCUCAUCCGACAGCGAGGGCGAAUACGACCGCAACACUCGACGGCGCAUGAGCUCCUUCAGCCCCGGUGAACGCGGCCGCCGAAGAUCACGCUCCCAAUCCUCACGUCUGCGCCCCUCGAUCGAGGAUGGCGCCGCCAGAUCCCAUCGAGACCGAAGCGGCAGCGCACACUCGCGCAGCCGGGGCGCAAGAAGAAGAGGAAGAAGCCACGACAAGCCACCACACCGGCGAUUCUCCCCCUUGAGGUCCGGGUCCAGAUCCAGGUCCAGAUCAAGGUCAAGAAACCCAGAUCGCAUGGACAUAUCCGAGGAGCAGCCCAGAAUCGGGGCUCCAAGCAGUCGAGGCAGAUGGGGCGCAUCGCCUCCCCGACGACGACCACCGCCUCGACACAGCCGUGACGACAGGAGCCCAAGCCCAUACUCGAAGCGGGUAGCAGCCACCCGACAACUAUCGCCCCCUAGUUCCCGGCACCCGAGAAGCAGCGAGCGCGAUUACCACAACGGCGAGCCCCGUGCUCCUCCUGCACCGGCGCGAAACCGCUUCGCUGAUGAGCCUGCUGCUAUGUCGAAUCACUGCACCGCGCCACCUGUUGCGCAACCGCCUCCAGCCCCGGUACAGAGACAGCGCAGUCUCAGCCCUUUUAGCAAGCGUGUGGCUCUUACGAGAGCUAUGCAAGCGGGUUGA